CUAAUAUGGACAUUCAUCCACGAAGAUUCACAAGUGCAAGGCCGCUAUGAUUCUCAGCCUUUUUGGAACGUUUAAAAGCCAGGACAAGUUCUGCCGUCUGUUCACUCGAUACUGGUGUACACAGAGCUAUCAUGGAAAACGAACAGCGAGCUGUUCGAUCUCUAUUUGGACCGAUAUUCAUUGGCACUUUCCUUAAUGGUAUAUUAUAUGGGGUUCUUGCUGUACAGACCUAUUUCUAUUACCAGAAUAGCAGCAGCUCUAUACUGGAUUUUGCAGUGAUCUGGGAACCACUCAUGGAGAAAUACGGCUCCCCAACGAUCUUCCAGACAACGUCAACAACUUUCAGUGCGGAUCCCUUGGUUACGGCUGCCAUUUCAACCACGGUGCAGCUGUUUCAAGGCUGGCGAAUCCGUAGAUUGACAAAAUCGAACUUUGUUUUUGGCUCUAUUGCGUUGACCGCUUUUGUUAGUCUAGCGGCUGGACUCACGACAACUAUUCUUAUCGCUCUUCAUACAGCAUGGAGCCAGCUGCAGAUGUUCGAGUCCGGCUUUUUGGUUUGGUUGAUAGCAUCUGCUAUGUGUGACGUUGUGAUUGCCGUGUCUCUAACGUGGUUUGUGCUGCGCAACAAAACGCCCUUCACCUCCACUAACUCUAUCCUUAAUCGGAUCAUGCUUCUGACUCUACAAACUGGCACGAUCACCGCUGUUGCUGCUAUCGCUGAUGUUUUCACGUUCACUAUCAGCGAGGACAAAACACUGGAAUUCGUUUGGGCUUACUCUCUCUCAAAACUAUACUCCAACUCUUUACUUUCGAUGUUGAACGCUCGCGUUGAAUGGAAUAAACUCCUUGAUCCACCGAGCGUCCAAACACAGACCGAUGUCUCGUUUUUCCAUGUCGAAGUGUUGCAUCACGCAGAGGAUUCGGCGAUGCGUUAUGAAACUUCCGACCAGAAAGCUGCUACCGUGGUCUACCCGCCGUUUUGACUUUCAGAGUCGAAACUUAGGAUCUAUGUAGAGAGCCGUAAGCUUCGACUCACGCUCACUGUACAACGGAUUGGAUAUAUGCAGGAACGGCAUUCAGAAAAUCUAGGAAUGCAUGGACAUUAGGAAUGUAAUAUGAAAAUACGUAGAUUGAUCAGAGGACGUAAUAUUUCAGAAUCCGGACGCC